UAUUCUGUGGAAGAGGAUAUUCCAUGACAUCUUCCAACCUUGAAAUACAACUUCUGAAUUCUCUACAGCACCCGUUGAUCUCCAGAGCUGAUUUCUCAGAGGACAAUCUCAGAAGUGGACAUUGAAGUAUUUUGAAGAAUUAGUAGUGGUCGACCACUCAACUCCUUGACAGAUCCUUAAGUAAGAUUGCCCUCAUGCUGUGUUGAAAUGACUUGAGAUAAAAAGUCCAGAUGCCAAUUUGCUUAUCCAUUUGAAAGAAACACUAAUUCAAUAUUUAUUGAUAUAUCUGGAGAUAAGCUUCUAAAUAUGUUAUUAUUGUGUAAUUUGAUGGAAAACUCUUUUUAACACCCCCUGCCUUUUUAUGGGACUUCAGAAAAGGUGUGCUUGGUGGAAGGUGUCAGUUUGAGCAGCAGUGGUUCGUUUUCUUACAUAGCCAGGGGAUUUAUGAUUCGUGUGUGUUAGAUCAUCUCUUCAGUGGGAGAAGAAACAUGUAGAACUUGAUGAAGUCUUUAGGAAAUUUGUUUUAUCUAGACUCUGAUUAUAGUGACAAAACCUCCUUUAAAUGUGACCCCAAUUUGAAGAGGUUUUCUGCUAGUGUGUGUUUGUGAUUUUUGUCAGAACACUUUUGAAGUGAAUUAAAAAAAACUCCCAUUGUGAUAAAGUUUGAAUGUAUAUUGAACCAUCAGACGCCUUGGAUAUUAUUCUCCAAAUAUAGGGGGAAGCCACAUUGAAAUAGGGGAGAAUUCAUGGCUGGCUAAUCAUUAUGAGGAUUUGGAAUAUUCCUGUACUUGUGUAUGUGUACAUUGCAUGUGUUCUGGUCUUGUUUGAUAGCUGCCAAAACAGACAACAAUGCAAAGUCACUGCCAGCACCUACACAUUUAGACAGGACCCUUGUCCCAAAACCUCCAAAUAUCUCAAAGUCUCCUACAAAUGUAAUCCAAGCGACUUUUCUAAUAUGACGGUCUGUGAUGGGAAGCAGAUGAUCAUAAGGUGCCAAAAGCCGCUGAAAAUUGUCAUCAGCGAUGCCAUAUAUGGAAGAAUGCCACAGGACACUUCCCUGUGUUCUGGUAAUAUCCCAGCAGACUGCCGGUCCAGUACUGCUGUGGAGAAAGUCAUGAAGAAGUGUCAUGGUCGCAAUCGCUGUGCCAUGGACGUAGAGGAGUAUGUGUUCGGCAAUCCCUGCCCCCCAGAAAUUCCUAAAUACCUCAAAGUCAUUUACACAUGUGUCCCCAAAAAGAUACUGAAACACAACAUCAGGCACAGAAAGAACCGCAGGAAAAAAGAGCGAACCACAGCAGCUAGCAUGAAUAACACAGAUAUAAACAUUCCAAAAGUCACCACAUCUAAACCAGACCCUAACAUGUAUCCAAAAGAUCAAGAGAGAAAUAAGGAUACUGAUAACAGUAAUGGGAAUCAAGACUCCAAGAUGGAAGGAAACGACACCACACACUGUGUAAACUAUACUCUGGCACCACCAGAACCUGUGGCGCCAUCUACCAGCAGGAAGGGCUCAGCAACAGGCCUGGUUGUUGAUUGGCUGAACACAUUUAACUUCUUUGAAAAAAACAGAGAGAAAGCCUUGCUGUACCUGAUAUUAGGGCUCUGUGUUGGAAUCAUUAUAUUCUUACUCGUGAUAGUGAUUAAUCUUGUGAUAAUAAAUAAACAAAAGAGGCGGGCUACUCUCGACGUGACGGACCCAGCUCACAGUAGCACGCAACCCCCGCCUCUGGAGAGCAAUGUAGAGACUCCCAUGCUUCCGAGACACGACUCGAUGGACAGAAUUGAAGUGGUGAGAUUCGAGCCAAGGAGGACAAUAGCUCGAGCGAGUUUAAUUGACAACGGAGACAGAACGUUAAAUCAUUAUUAUGGAUGACAAUGUUUUGAUACGCAAUAGGUUUCUUUUUUUUUUAGAAUUCAAUUUUUAAAAGUUGUUACUAUUACAAGGUGCUAUAUGUUGUUUUAAUUUGUAUGAUUUAGCUGCUGAAUUUUUUACUCUGUUGAUAUUUUUUUUGUAUUAACUGAUUCCUUGUUGAUCUUGAGAUACAGUCUGGCUCCAUUUGUCUGGAUGCUUGUGUUCCAGAGCAAAAUGUCCAGAUUUAGAGUGUCCCAAUUAAAGAGACUCCACUGUUACUAUAACUUGGAGCAUGGAUAAAAUGUAACAACUUGUCAUAUAUAAAACACGUGGUUUUAAACAGAAAAUACAGUCAUGUACAUCAGUUAAGUUACAAAUUUAUUUUGGUCCUUUUUAAUUAGAUAAUAUGACAUGAUUAAAUCAUAAAAAAAGGAGAGUUUGAAAAAAUGUUAAAUUUCAAGAUUUAUUAUUAGUGCUAAUUUAAACACCAAAUGAUGUUAUAAUAAAUGCAUAUGAAUUAUAGGUGAGAUAUACAAUCAUAUAUUUUUAGACUUAAUUGUUAUGUAAGUCAUGCAUAUCACACAUCUUUAUUUUUUUUUUAAUUCAUUUUACAAAUAGAUUUCAUCUGGUUACUUUUUGAUAUAAGACUAGGGCAAACACUUUCUUUUCCACACCUUUCCCACACUCAUAUAGGGCAAGAAGUGAGAUUUUUACAAAUUAAUGACAGCUAGGGCAAAAUUUUCGCUUGGAAAACCCUUUUUUUUUAAUUUGAAAGAAAAAAUAUUUUGGAAUAAAUAUUUGUGUAGCUAAACAAAACCAUAAUUUUAUUGACACAAAGAUUCUAAAUGACAUAGAAGCUCUAGUUUGAUUAUUUCAUGAAAAAAAGAAUAUGUCUUCAUGACACAAAUGAAUCUCCUUUCAGAUCUGAAUAAUAUGCUGUGAUACUGAAGUGACCAGUUAACUACACAAUAAAUAUGAUAAGAUUACUGCAAAGACUUUAUCUAAAUUUCUUUGUACCAUUAGAAGUUCUCUGUUGUGCAAGAAAUGAAUUUGACGUAGAUCUUGAUUGAUUUCUAGUCAUUAUGAAGAUUAAGGGGUGAGCUUUAAUUUCUGUAAAUACAUGGUCAGAUUAGCUAUGUACUGUGUACAUACAUUGUAUAUUAUAUAUAAUUUAUAACCUGCCAGUUGCAAUAACCAUUCUUUUUUCUGUUUUGUAAUCACAUUUUUAAUAAGUUUAGUACAUAUAUUUUGUUUUAUAUUCAGAGCAUUUUUAAUCAUACUUUUAUUGCCAAAUAUUCUGCAUUUUUGUAUUUUUAAUCCAAUUUCAUUUAAAUCACCAAUAUCAUCAUUACAGUAUAAAUACAAUACUGUUGAAUGGGAAACACAUACUUAGUGCUGGAUGUUUGGGUAGAUUUUCAUUCACUCAGACUGUCACACACAGCUUUUCAUAAUUCAUGGCAUUUAUUUACAUUUCAAUCAACACUCAAGGUUAAACUUCAACAUCCCAUGUCUACAUGCAUUUAUUUCAAAUUAUUAAUAUUUUUUUAAUUAUAUUUUUCAUAAAAUAAUAAUAAUCUGUAGGAUUUCAAUUCAAAUGUUAUGCUAAACUGAGCUUCAGAAAAUGAUUUGGAUUGUAAUUUAUUUAAUUCCAUCCUUACUUUCUUUGUGUGAUAAGUGCAAAUAUUGAUGCAUUGGGCUCCCAAGUAUAACAACCUUGACCUACAUAUGCUAGAUUAAUUCCCUUCAAUGGCAACACUAAAUGGCAAACCAUAUCUACUCAAGUAAUGAAGCUUUAACUUAAUCAUUUUGUAUCUUCCUUUCGUUUAACUACAACUUUCUGUGUUCUACGGAUCCACGGGUAUCAUGUCAUUCAUUUUUAUGAUAAUCACAUGUAUGUCACAUGACUAUCACACCUUGUAUGUCACAUGACCUAGUUUUCUUGGCAGCAACUUUAAGCACAUUAUCACAUUUUAAAAAACAACUUUUAGCACUUGCAGUGUCCAAUUUGAAUUUUACAGGUUAUUUUUAUUCGAGUUAAAAAUUUUGCAAUCUUUCUGGCUAAUAUUUUAUUAAUGAAUAAAUGCAUUCCUUUUUUUUACUGUGAUUAAUAGGAAUAACAAUAAGAUAUGGUUUAAAUCAUUAAUGCUUCCUUUAUAACUUACAUGGUCACAUGUUAAAUUUCCACAAUAUUUACAGCAUUUGAAUUGAAAAUAAAAUUGAAAGUUCUCCCAAAACUGUUUAAAAUUUACAACAGCUAGUCCUAGACACAUACAAGGAACAGUUCAUUUCAGAGAAAUGGCAAUUUAAAGUAACAUUUUUCAAUGUUUUGUGCUCUAAUAUCACUACAAGUUCUCAAAUAUUUAUCAAACUCAGCCCCUGCUGUACAGAAUAAAUUCAGACCAUGGCAACUUGUCAUCCUGAUAUUCAAAUACAACCUUUCAGGGUUAAUAGGUGUAAUUUUCAAGGGAUGUUUUCAAAAAAUAUGGUGAUUUUAAUAUUAUUGUUAAUUAAAAUUUACUGUUAAAACUAAGCUUGGUGUCUUGAAUUUAAAAAUUUUUAACAAUUGGUUAAAAUUGGUUACUCUGUAAAAAUGUGGAUUAUUAGCCAAUUUUUGUCUUGGCAAGGAAUGGAAGAAUUGAGGUCAUUGUAAAUUAUUGUGUGAGAGAGUAAAGGAGUAUGUCAGAUAGUAGACAAAAUGUGUACUUCUGUAUUGUAAAACUGACCAAUAAAAAUAUAUAUUAAUUUUA